UCUGGAAACUCGUGUCUGGCAUAGGGUCCACUCCACGCGAGUUGCAGUGGAGUAAAUCCGUAGAGGCAUUCGUGACAGCACGGGCAUAAUGAAUCCGUAAGAUCUGGUCGCGUCAGCACCCCUCUCUCGUCAUCGCCACCGCUCGUCGCUCCCUUCCCCUCGCUUGCUACUUUCAAUUUUCAGGGAUAGUACCCGUCCUCGAUCAGUCGUCGUCAUCUCCUUUUCGCGAAAGCGGACGGAAAUUUGGAGUCCUGGAGGGAAGGAAGCGUAGCGACACUUUAAGUUCAGGUCGUAAAAACGGUCAGUACGAUUCGAACGAUGAGCUCCGCAACGCGGCCGCGAUGCUUCCUGGACGUUGCGUUCGACGGGGCGCUCGUCGGCAGAAUCGAGGUGGAGCUGCGGCCUGACGUGGCGCCGAAGACGGUGGAGAAUUUCGUCGGCUUGUGCAAGGGCACGAGCUCGGGGUUGGGCUAUAAGGGCCUCACGCUGCACCGCAUCAUCCCCGGAUUCAUGGCGCAGGGUGGUAACUGCGGGAGCUCCAUUUUCGGGCAGCCCUUUCCCGACGAGAGCUUUGAGCUGAGGCACAGUGGCAGAGGCAUUCUCUCCAUGGCGAACCGGGGGCCUGACACGAAUAACUGCCAGUUCUUCAUCUGCUUCAACGCCACACCUCAUUUGGAUGGCAAGCAUGUUGUCUUUGGCAAGGUGGUGGCAGGAAUGGAUGUGGUUGACAAGCUCGAGUCAGUUGGUAGCGACAGCGGGAAAACGUCGGUGGAAGUCACCAUCCAGGAUUGCGGCCAGCUCUCGUAGACUGGGAAAGUUCACACCGUCUCCCCUAAGGAUUUAUAACCACCGGUGUUUAUUCUGUAAGAAAUACACUAUACGGUAGUUGGGCUACAACAACCCCUCUCUUUCUAGAUAAACCGUAAGCAAAAUAGCUUGAAUUGAAACUCUACAAUGCAAACUGUACAUUGCCGCAAAGAGGUAGACUGUAAAUUUGAAACGGUAAUGUAGGGUGUAGCAGUGUGCCAGUCUUGCUACAGUAACAGGGGCAUUUCAACCAU